GUUCAAAAAACCAAACGCAGUCGGGUAAAAUAACUCAGCUGAGGCUCGGUGUUGUUCAGUCACAGGUAGCUUGAUUAGACACAGUUUUGAACCAGUAUCAGUCAAGUACUUGAAUCUGGCGAUUUACUCAGUAACUUAAGAACAUUUAGUCACUGGAAGUCAGACGCUCGUCGUACUUUGGACCUUCGAGGUAAGCAUGGCGCUGUCUUUGUCCUCCCCUUGUGGAUGCCCCUCCGAUGAGGAGGAAGAAAUGGCUGUGUUUGAGUCUACGGCAGCAGAGCAUGGAGGCCUGGCCAGACCACGUCUACCUGAGAUCUCUGUCAUUUCUCCUGGCUUGGACCCCCGGCAGUCCACUGCAGGACGGAAACUAGCAGUUAAACCUGGAUUGGUGAGACAAGGAAGUGGUGGCGAAAGAAAUACUGAGAGGGUGAAGGUUUAUCUGCGCAUCCGGCCACUUACUGAGACAGAGAGAGAGAGGGGAGAAGAACAGGGUUGCGUGGCUGUCCAAGAUGAAGAGACUCUGCUGCUAAAAGCUCCAAGGGACUCUCAGAACAUGAGGACUGCAGAGAGGGGCAUCACCCAGAGCAUGCACAAGUUCAGUUUCUCUAAGAUCUUUGGAUCAGAAACCACACAGCAGGUAUUUUAUGAGAGCACGAUGAAAAAUAUGGUGAAAGACGUGCUUCAAGGAGAAAACAGACUCCUCUACACUUAUGGUGUCACCAAUUCUGGAAAGACUUACACCAUUCAGGGUAGUGGUCGAGAGGCAGGCCUCCUGCCCCGAGCUUUAGUGUCUUUGUUUAGGAAACUGCAGGGUCGUCUCUAUGGUGCCAUGGACCUGAAGCCUGUCAUGUAUCAGGAUGUGCGACAGCUUCAACCCAGUGAGGUCAAGGUGGAGGAAAACCGCAGAAACUCUCUGCUCACAGAGGAUGAGAAUUUGACUUCUCGUCGAGGUGGCACCACUACAAUCGGAGACAGCGGCAUUGGAGGACUCUCCUCUACGAGUAACAUUGCCAGCCAGCUGGAAGACACUGAGAGUGUUUGUCUGGAGCCAGACGGCCUUUCACAGAGUGGAGGGGACGACCUUGAAGCAGGGGUGCAGUUUUCUAUCUGGGUGUCCUUUUAUGAGAUCUACAAUGAGUUCCUGUAUGAUCUGCUUGAUGCUUCACCCUCCAUGCAGCCCAGGAAAAGAGUCACACUGCGGCUUAGUGACGACAAGCAGGGCAACCCCUAUGUGAAAGACCUCACCUGGAUCCAGGUGCGCAGUGCCGAGGAAGCGUGGAGGAUUCUGAAGGCCGGACGUCGUAACCAGAGCUUCGCCAGCACUCACCUCAAUCAAAACUCCAGCCGGAGCCACAGCAUCUUCUCCAUCCGUGUCCUGCAUCUCCGCCCAGAGGCAGAUUCAGGCCAGGCCAUGCACAUCAGCGAACUGACUGUGUGUGAUCUGGCUGGGUCUGAACGCUGUAAAGAGCAGCGAAAUGGUGAGAGGAUGAAGGAGGCCAACAACAUCAACACCUCCCUUUUAACCCUGGGGCGUUGUAUUGCUGCUCUGAGGCACAACCAGAACAACAAAUCACGACCCCCUCAAGUGGUGCCCUUCAGGGACAGUAAACUGACCCGGGUGCUGCAGGGUUUCUUUUGCGGCAAAGGAACCUCCAGCAUGGUGGUUAACAUCAAUCCAUGUGCCUCCAUCUACGAUGAGACACUCCAGGCCCUCAAAUUCUCUGCUAUUGCUACCCAACUGGUCCAUGGCCCAUCCACAAAGACCAGAGUGGCCUACAUCCUUUCUCUACUGCACGAGCCAACAGGAAAUGGUAACGAAAGCACGGUGCUGGAAGAGGAUGAGAGUGAUGUCGAAGACGGAGACAUUACCAUGUUAAAUACAGAGGCUUUGCUGCAGGCCAUUGAUGUUCUGAAGAGAGAGGUGCAGCGCCAGCGGGAAGAGAAAGAGGUUCUUGAGGCAAAUGUGAGAGAGCAGGUGGUCUCUGAGAUGAUGGAGGUCAUCUCUGGGAUGCAAGAUGGCUUCAGUGAGACCCUGGAGGCAGAGAGGGCUCUAAUCGAAGAGAGGUACGAGGACAAGAUAACUAACCUGCAGAAACAUUUGAAGAAAUUCUACAGCCAGGAGCUGAAGGAGCGUGAUCAGGAGAUUGAAGCUUUGUCUGCUGCCCUUGAAAACAACAAAGAGGCUGAAUCCGUCCCCACGGUAGUGCCACAAGGAGACGGGCCUCGUCGUUCUGAGCGCCUCACCACUCAGACAGAGCUUAGCCAACUGCGUGCUGAGCUCGACCAGUGCCGCGCUGAGCUGCUCACCAAGACACAAGCGCUGACAAAGCUAAAAAUGCAACUGGAAGUGUCAGGUUCAACAGGCAACCUCACCGGUGCUGCUGACCGCAAGCUUGAGGAAGGUCAAAGGAACCUGCGUCAGCUGCGUGUGGAUUUGCAGAGGCUCGGGGUGGACCUGCAGUCCGGUGAGCGUGCCUGCUGUCGCAACACAGGAGGGGAACGGCUACGCCAGGCAUUAAAUGUUGCAGAUGAGACACUUGCCAAACAGGACCAGAUCCUGGUGGAGCUCCAGAAUGGCCUGAUGCUGGUCAAAGCUGACUUAAGGCGAAAAGCAGAGACUCUGGCCCAGAUUCAGGCCACCCGGCCCCAGCUCCCCCUGUCUGGCCUUUCUGCCUCCACCACACCAGGUUCUUGUAAGAAGAGGGGCUGUGGGACUGCUGCAGCAAUCGAAGCUGAAAACCGGCCUCCGCAGAAACGGCCCUUUUUCCAGUCUCUGUUCCCAACACGCACGCCAACACGUAAAUACAACACUGCUGCUGUUGAAGAAGCAAACCUUACCCCCUACUCCCGGAUCUUGCGGUCUCGUCAGCAGUCUCCACCUCCGAGCCCUGUCCCCACCCCUCGUCGUCUCAGGGGGAAGUACUGAGCUAUUUAGAGCUUCAGAAGGAGUCUGUUCUUCUUUAAUAUUAUGCAAAAACAAAGUCAAAGUCAUACUUGUUGGUAACUUUUAUAGUAUUUUUAUAUUGUUAUAUAUAAAUUCACUGUUUGCCGUGAGGUUUACUCUGUCAUGCCAAAUACAGUUAUAAUAUUCAUGACAGUAAAAGAGUUGCUUUAAAUGAGGUUGCAGUACACAACUAAGGUAACUGAGGCACUCCUGAGCAAUAAAGCUGCUCAGUGUGGUAGUUGUGGACUGUAUGGUAAUUGUGCAUGUGUGUGAUUAACCUUCUCAGCCUCUGCAACUCCACAUGCCUUUGCCGUACUACUGUUUUCCACAAUAUGAUAUAUGAAAGCACUGUUUUGAGUAGUCAGAAAAAAUGCUUUUUACUAACAUUAAAAAUGGAAUUCUCACUGCACUAAUAUCUUCAUUUAAUUCACUUACAGUGUUUUCGUGUCCUGUACAAAAUACACAGAAACAGUCCUUGCAAAGCUGGUAUGCUUUAAACUAUUUAUAUGUACAGCAUUGGUGAGGCAUGAAUCGUGACUUCAACUCAAAACAGGAUCUGUUUAUGUGCUGUCUUUGUUCUAC